AAUGGCAACAUCAAUGAAGGUUAGUCUGUUUUGGUGUUGGAAUUGUUUUUUUUAAGCCGUGAAAAUUGCUGAACCCAGAAGUUAUGUCAAGGAAUGCCAAAGAUCAAUUCCACCAGGUGGAUGCUUCUGCGGAAGAAAUAAGAUUGGUGAAUGAAAGGCUGAAGAUGCGUAAGGCUCUCCGGGCAGAAUACCUUAGAAAGUUCACUGACCCACACUCCACCGAGCCAUAUGUGUUUGACCCACAAAUGCAACGCUUCUACUCCAUGCAUAUGACAGUCUGGGAUCGUUUCAUCCCCACAGUGAAGAACUGGAGUGUUUACAUGUGUACCAUCAUUCUCCCUGUUGUUGGUUACGCCCUCUGGUUGAAAAGUUCUAAAGAAAAAUUUGAAAAGAAGUGCCGAACAGGAGAACUUGAAUACAAAGACCGAAUAUUCAAAUUUAAUUAAAUGUUUAUUUUAUGAUAGCAAUAUAUAUAAUGGUCAUGUUGUAGCUCACAGGAGUUUAAAAAAUAUUUUUGUUUUCAGUGAAUUAUUUUGCUCUUAGAACAUUCUGAUUACAACAAUAUUGAUGUUCACGUAUUUAUCAAUAAAUACUUUUAUAU